UGCAGCAACUCACUCUCUCUCCAUUUGUUUAGAGGAAUAGCAAUAGCCAAUAUGAGUAAUGGAGAUUCAAGCAUUGUCUCAACUCCUAGCAGGAUAGAGGGGAAGUUUAAGGCAAUGGUGGUGUGUUGGUUUCUUGGACUAGGAUGUCUCAUUUCAUGGAAUAGCAUGCUAACAAUUGGAGACUACUACUAUCAAAUUUUCCCAAGUUACCAUCCAGCCAGAGUCCUGACUCUGGUCUACCAGCCCUUCGCCCUCAGAUCAAUGGCGAUUCUCUCUUACAACGAGGCCAACAUCGACACAAGGAAGCGAAACAUGUUUCUCUUCUGCUUCAGCACACUCUGCCUUCUCUUGGUAAGCCACUAUACAUCCUUCCAUUUCAUGAAGCUUCUAAAACAUAGUACUAGAUUGAUCUUCUUUGUUGCAGUUGCUGUCUUUGUUGGUUGUGUUUCUUCUUGCUGGUAUAUUUUCGGGCGUUGCUCUUGACUGGUUGUGGCUCAUUGGCAACACUUCCUUUUAAACCAACUCCUUUUUAUGUGAAAUCUAUUCAUAAUUUCAUAUGGUGGUUGUAGCACUUUCUAAGCAAUGUAUUUCAUGUUUCAAACUUAGUAUCAAUGCAAAAUCUCAU